GGAGGGGCAGGGGGUGGGGGGAGACAUGGCUCGGCGCGGCUGGCGGCAAGCGCCCUUCCAUCGCGGUGUCGGUGUCGGCGUCGGCGUCGGCUUCGGCGUCGGGCCCCGAGCCCGGCCGCUCAUGCGGCCGCUCUGGUUGCUCCUCGCAGUGGGCGUCUUUGGCUGGGCCGGGGCUUCGGACGGCGCCGGCGGAGCGGCGAGAGCCAUGGACGAGGAGAUCGUGUCCGAGAAGCAAGCGGAGGAGAGUCACCGGCAGGACAGCGCCAAUCUGCUCAUCUUCAUCCUGCUGCUCACCCUCACCAUUCUCACGAUCUGGCUCUUCAAGCACCGGCGGGCCCGCUUCCUGCAUGAGACCGGCCUGGCUAUGAUUUAUGGUCUGUUGGUGGGCCUUGUGCUUCGGUAUGGCAUUCAUGUUCCAAGUGAUGUAAAUAAUGUGACCCUGAGCUGCGAAGUGCAGUCAAGUCCAACUACCCUGUUGGUAAAUGUUAGUGGAAAAUUUUAUGAGUAUACGCUGAAAGGAGAGAUUAGCUCACAUGAACUCAAUAAUGUCCAAGAUAAUGAAAUGCUUAGGAAGGUUACUUUUGACCCAGAAGUAUUUUUCAACAUAUUACUUCCUCCUAUCAUAUUUUAUGCAGGAUAUAGUCUGAAAAGGAGACAUUUCUUCCGGAACCUUGGUUCUAUCCUCGCAUAUGCUUUUCUUGGAACAGCUAUUUCUUGUUUUGUUAUUGGGUCGAUAAUGUACGGCUGUGUAACGCUGAUGAAAGUAACUGGGCAACUCGCAGGAGAUUUUUACUUUACAGAUUGCCUGCUAUUUGGUGCCAUCGUAUCAGCAACAGACCCAGUGACUGUUCUUGCCAUAUUCCACGAGCUGCAAGUUGAUGUGGAGCUCUAUGCACUUCUUUUUGGGGAAAGUGUCCUCAAUGAUGCUGUUGCCAUAGUGCUGUCCUCCUCAAUAGUAGCAUAUCAGCCUGCUGGAGACAACAGUCAUACUUUCGAUGUCACAGCCAUGUUCAAGUCUAUCGGAAUCUUCCUUGGGAUCUUCAGUGGAUCUUUUGCAAUGGGUGCUGCUACUGGGGUGGUGACAGCUUUGGUGACAAAGUUCACCAAAUUGCGAGAGUUCCAGUUGCUGGAGACGGGCUUAUUUUUCCUGAUGUCCUGGAGCACCUUCCUUUUGGCUGAAGCAUGGGGCUUCACAGGUGUGGUUGCAGUACUGUUCUGUGGCAUCACGCAAGCACAUUACACAUACAAUAAUUUAUCCACAGAGUCUCAGCAUCGAACUAAACAGUUGUUUGAGCUUCUCAAUUUCUUGGCAGAGAAUUUCAUCUUCUCCUACAUGGGCCUCACACUCUUCACCUUCCAGAGCCAUGUCUUUAACCUAACAUUUAUAAUAGGCGCAUUUAUGGCUAUUUUCUUGGGAAGAGCUGCCAAUAUUUACCCCUUGUCUCUCUUGCUUAAUUUGGGUAGAAGAAGUAAGAUUGGAUCAAAUUUUCAACAUAUGAUGAUGUUUGCUGGUCUUCGCGGUGCGAUGGCAUUUGCCUUGGCCAUUAGAGAUACUGCCACCUAUGCACGGCAAAUGAUGUUCAGUACCACACUGCUGAUCGUGUUUUUUACCGUGUGGGUAUUUGGCGGGGGCACCACAGCCAUGCUGUCGUGCUUGCAUAUAAGGGUUGGUGUUGAUUCAGACCAAGAACAUUUGGGUGUUCCUGAAAAUGAAAGGAGAACUACUAAAGCAGAGAGUGCUUGGCUCUUCCGAAUAUGGUACAACUUCGAUCAUAACUACCUGAAGCCUCUGCUGACGCACAGCGGGCCUCCCCUCACCACCACGCUCCCAGCCUGCUGCGGGCCCAUUGCCAGGUGCCUGACCAGCCCUCAGGCUUACGAAAACCAAGAGCAACUGAAAGAUGAUGACUCCGAUCUGAUUCUGAAUGAUGGAGAUAUCAGUUUGACGUACGGGGAUUCUACUGUGAACACAGAGUCGGGACCGUCCAGUGCCCCCAGGAGAUUUAUGGGCAACAGCUCUGAAGAUGCCUUGGAUCGGGAGCUUGCAUUUGGAGACCAUGAACUGGUCAUUCGAGGGACGCGCCUGGUUCUUCCUAUGGAUGAUUCUGAACCCGCGUUAAAUUCUUUAGAUGAUACGAGACACAGCCCAGCCUAAGCUUAUUAAUACUUAGUGAUUUGUAUAAUUUGCACAUGUGAUUGUGAAGAAAUUUGUACUACCUAAAAAGUCCUAGUGCAUGUCUCUGAAUGUGUAAGCUAUAUAAAUGCUAUUUAUAUGGCAUCGAAAGAAUAGAAAUAUCCUGUACAAGGCAGAUUGUGAGCAAACUCUUCUUUUAAGUUUUGAUGGCCGCACUAUGUAGGCUGGAUCUGUCUUAGAAAGUUACUUUCACAGUGAUGUUGUGUGUUCUGUUAGCUUUAUGUCUCAGUUGACGUAUAAAAAGUGACAGAGUUACUCUUUCUUAUAUUUACCUGACACUUAUCCAGAGUACCAAGUUCUUGUGAUGAGAAUUAAUUUGUGUGUGCGUAUGUGCGUGUAUAUGUGUGCGCGCGUGUGUAUGUGUGUGUGCGCGGUGAGGGAGGGAGAGGGAUGAGGGGAUGUUAUUUCCUAGGGAACCCAGGGAGGAGAGGUUCCUUUGUCGGAAACGUCUGUUGAUUGCUGCUGCCUUUGUCGUGACCUUUUUCUUUCCUUUUCUCUUGUGGCCCACUGUGGUGCAAGGAACUGACAGCAUUUUGAUCUUCCCCAUUCGGGUUGGAGAGCAACAUGCGGGGGCCUUUUCCCUCCUUGCUAUGAAAGAACAGAUUCACUGACCACCAUAUAUUGCAGAUCACCUCCAAGACCUUAGGGCUUUGCUUCCAGGCCAAGACUGUAGGAGUCGCAUCCAGCUGGCUUUGCCAAAGUACAGGUGUACAGAGUUCAGGGCACUUGAUUUGCAUUUGGAGGGCACUGGGCAGGUGGAGAGGGGGCAGAGGGCAAGGAAGGAGUAAAGAGGAUGGAGGAGUCGGCGGUCUCUCUUCCCAAAUAUGUAAAUAUACCAGAUAAGUUUAAAUAAGAAUCUAAUUGCUGCUUAAUUUUUGAUCAUGUACUUUAUCUGUAUAGCAAGCUUUGUUGUCAGAAGUUUUUAUAAUGAUUUAAAUUGCUGCUCUUGAGCAGCCAGGCAGGAGCAAAAUGUAAAAUUUUUAAACUUCCUGUGUCAUAUUGUUAUUUGUUAGCCUGUAGUAGAUGUGAAAAGUUAAUUUAUGAAUCCAUGGUCAUCCCAUACUACACCAAAGGCAGUCAUAAGAGUAAUAUGCUCUGGAGCAUUUAUGGUGAGGUGGCUCCUUUGUGUGCACUGGGGAUAGUUGUCUUCAUUGUCAUGUUAUUUUUAAUAUUAAAUACCUGAGCUGCCAUGUGAGUUUUUAUUUUUACAGUUUUCAAGGAAGAGCACAGAAAAAAUUCCCAUUUCAUAUUCAUAGUAUGCAAGUGGAGUCUAUUUUGUAAUGCUGAAAAUACCUAACGAUGCGUUCAACACUUAGAAGAGAAAUACUUUUUUUUUUUUGCCCUUUAGAGACAGCGUCUCGCUAUGCAGUUCAGGCUGGCCCUGAGCUCACUUUG